AUGAAGAAGGAAAAUCAGAGCAGUGUAUCUGAAUUCAUCCUCCUGGGUCUCCCCAUCCAACCAGAACAAGCCAUGUUCUAUGCUCUGUUCCUGGCCAUGUACCUGACCACAGUGCUGGGGAAUCUGCUCAUUAUUCUGCUCAUCAGGCUGGACUCUCACCUCCACACCCCCAUGUACUUCUUCCUCAGCCACUUGGCCUUCACUGACAUCUCUUUCUCAUCAGUCACAGCUCCAAAGAUGCUCAUGAAUAUGCUGACACACAGUAAAUCCAUAUCCUAUGCUGGGUGCAUUUCUCAGGUAUACAUUUUCUUGUUUUUUGGAGGUAUUGACAACUUUCUUCUCACCUCAAUGGCUUAUGACAGAUAUGUGGCCAUCUGUCAUCCCCUGCACUAUACCAAAAUCAUGAGUCAGAGUCUAUGUUUCCUACUAGUAAUUUUGUCUUGGAUCUCAUCCUCUGUGAUUUCCCUUCUACACACCCUGCUUUUAGCUCAUCUAUCUUUCUGUGGAGAUAACACUCUGCCCCACUUCUUCUGUGACCUCUCUGCCUUACUUAAGUUGUCCAGCUCAGACACCACAAUCAAUGAGUUGGUUAUUCUCACCGUAGGAGUGGUGGUCAUUACACUUCCAUUGAUAUGCAUUUUGGUCUCUUAUGGCUACAUUGGGGCCACCAUCCUGAGAACCCCCUCCAUCAAGGGAAUCUGCAAAGCCUUGUCCACAUGUGGCUCUCACCUGUCUGUGGUUGCUAUGUACUAUGGACCAAUUAUUGGGCUCUAUUUUGUCCCAUCAUCCAAUAACACUAAUAACAAGGAUGUCACUGUGGCUGUGCUGUACACUCUGGUCACACCCAUGCUGAAUCCCUUUAUCUACAGCCUGAGGAAUCGGGAUAUGAAAGGAACUCUGAAAAAUGUAUUCAGUAGAGGAAACUUUUCAUUGUGA